AUGGCCACUUGUGGCGGUGGGCUGGGUGGAGGGGCGGCAGUGACGAUUGGGCGCCAAACAAGCAGCAGCCCAGCGGCUGGGUCCCGCCUGAAAAUUCGCGGUGGUCCCAGCGUUGCGCCCCCCUCCCCUGCUCGCUCAGCUUUUGGCGUGGGCGUCCUCGGCACCUAUCGAAUCGAAAUCCGCCUUUCGCCCCGGCCUUCUUCGACGUAG